UAACUAUGCCCAUCACAAGCACUUGGUAGUAAGAGUAGUCUACUUGGGUGCCUCGGUAGCAGAAGCUAGCCAUGGCGUCCAAAGCCUCAGCAUCAGUUGCCCUCUUCCUCACCCUCAAUCUCCUCUUCUUUGCCCUCACCACUGCCUGUGGCACCAGUUGCCCCACACCUACACCGAAGCCCACCCCACGCCCAUCCUACGGCAAAUGCCCCGUCGACACCCUGAAACUGGCCGCCUGCGCCAACGUGCUCAACGGCCUGAUCACCGUCGGCGUCGGCAAGUUCCCGAAGCAGCCGUGCGAGUGCUGUACUCUCGUCGACGGCCUCCUUGACCUCGAGGCCGCCGUCUGCCUGUGCACCGCUCUCAAGGCCAAUAUCCUGGGCAUCCACCUCAACCUCCCCAUCAACCUCAGCUUGCUCCUCAACUACUGCGGCAAGAAGGUCCCCAAGGAGUUCCAGUGCCCUUGAGCCUCCCUGUCAUCUCUGUCGUCUGUUCCCGUAGUGCAUGCUUGCUUGUUAGAGUACUUCUCGCGUAUUGUAUGUUUGUUUGUGGCUCCAUUGGAGCUUCUUUGGUUUGCUUGUGGGGUUGAGCCAGCAGCAAAGCAAGAGAGCCAGUGAGGAGGUGUUGAUGUGAUGCAACCUUGCUGCUUGGUGUCAUCCAUUGUUGAUUCUUUCUUAAUUCAAAGCUUGUGCAAUUGUUUGGGACAA